AUAGUUUUUAUUAUUUUCUUACUACCUUUUAGUUCCUUCAAGAAAUGCAUGGAAUUACUUUUAAUAUUUAUCGAAAAUACGACACGGUACUGCUUUAAAAUGGCAUAUAAUUUCGUAAAUAAUACACAGAAUUUAACUUUUGUAUUGUGUGUAAUAUUUAUCUUUGUACUCUAACACGUAUCACUUUGCCAUUAUUUAUAUGCGAGAAAAAAGAGUUAUAGUAUUAAGCUGCAUCUGUGGAUUUUGGUGCACGUUUAACUUGUAAAAUCGUGUCGCUUUACUACGUAGUAUUUUUAAUACCAUGGAGAAAAUACAAAAUCUAGUUUUAUUACAACUUACAUUCAUUUAAGUAUCAUUUUAAUUUAAGCUUUAUGCUUUAUUCAUUUCUCUCAUCGGAAAAAAAAACAAAAAUAUUUAUUAAAAUAUUGAAGUUAAACAAACAUAUUUUUUAUUUUCUUUUUCUUCUUUUAUCUUAAGAUCACAAAUAUAAUAAAACUUAAAUAUGCACUAUAUACAUAUGUACACAUACAAUCACAUGCAAAUGUAUAUGUAUAUAUGCACUUGAUAACAGUAUUCCAGAGUGUGAUAAAGAAGGGCUAGCAAUAUAUUGUUAUAAGCAUACAAUGAAACUAUACGCAUAUUGAGCACUUAAUAUUUGUGUCUACGUAUGGUUAAUGUAAUAAAAUUAUGUUGUAGUUGCUUUUCAUGACUCGUUAUCUAGCUUUAGUGAUUCCAUUUUUCUACCAGUUUUAAUAAUGUUGCAGAUCGUAGAAUGAUAAUAAAGUAUUAUUCAUCCUUUAUAAUAUAUGUAUGUUCUUGAAAAUAUUUUUAAAUUAAAUUAAUAAUUCUUACUCUAUUGAGAGGGAGAGGAAGAGGGAGAAAGAGAGAGAGAGAAAGAGAAAUAAUAUUUAAAAACUAAAUAUAAAAAACAAAAGGAUAGAAAUAAAAUUAAUUUUAACAUAUUGAUAUCAAAGAUAUAAAAAAUAAUUUCAAUAAUUUAUUUAUAUUGCUAAAAAUUUCAAUAUUUUCAUCAGCAGUUCAUAUUUUAAAUUGAAAUUUAUUAAAACUUUUAAAUGUUUUAUUUGCUUUAUUUGAUUAUUUAGUAAUGUAAAUUGCCGUAAGAUGGUGCUGUUACUUUUUUACUCUAGAAUUUGAUAUUAUUUUAGAAAAAAGAAUUAUAAUAUAAUAAUUUUAUCAAGACAACUAUAUUACUCGCUUUAUAAAUGUAAAGAGAGUGAAGAAUUUUUAUUUGUGCAUCAAAUAAUAAGUACGUUUUGUUCAUAUGCUUAAUUGUAUUCGACAGUAUGGACCAAUCAGGAACGUUCUAUGGAAACAUCAGUGAUUAUUGAAUUACGAUAUAAAUAUUUAUAGUAAUCUACUGAUCAAAUAUAUACGGCCGAUUUAUAAAUUAAAAUAUAUGUAUACGGAUAUACAUGUAAUCACGCAUAUAAAAAUAUAAACAAUAGUAAAAUCAAUUUUUUUCAAAUAAUUUGUUAACCAAUCGUAGAUGACUACGAAUGUUGGAAAUGCUUUCAGUGUGGAUUUUCCUUUGUUAUUCCUACUCUGUUAACGUAGUAAAGUUUCCAACGCGUAACGAAUAAAAAGAAAAGAGGAAGCUUCGUAUUCAUGAACAGUCACUAACACAACAAUGUUUCUUCGACCUAACUAUUUGUAAUGUGUGGUUGUGUUGUCAGUUACACGUGAUCAUUGUUGUGAAGUAAAGUACAUCGUUUCCCGGUAUCGAUGAAUUGAGCCAACGCGCGUAGUCUUUCUUUCCACACAAUUGUAUUUUAUUAAAUUAAAUAUAUUUUUCGUUCUCUAGCGUAUAUGUACAAUAAAAAUAUUUUGUUUAAUUUACGUGCGUUUAAUAAAAAAUAUCAUAUAAUGGGUUAAUCUUAUUCAUGUAUUUUGUGUGUAUUAAAUUAUUACGUAUGUUUUUGUAAAAGUGAAAAAAGUAACACGUAAUAAUUAUUCAAAGAUAUAUUUGUUAUUUAUACAUUGUUCGAUUGUUCGAAUAUCAUCAAAAAGAUAUGAACAUGUUAUCGCAAGACUCCAUAUCUUUGUCCUUACCUGAUACACAAAACAUAGACGCUGUGGCUCUCACGCAGUCUCAAGAUUUACCUGUUUCACAACAAAAAACUGUGACUAUUUGGGGAAGAUUAUGUCCAAACAAGCUUCCUUUUAAACCUUUAGAAAUGACUAAGGACGAAUAUACUCUCGGUCGUGCAGAGAGUUGUGAUAUUUGUGUGAAUUCUAAAGAAUUUAGAGCUAAGUGGGUGAGUGUAAUAAGUAAAGUGCAUUUUAGGAUAAUCAGAGAAUAUAUUGGUGAAAACACUAAUGAUUCAGUAGUGUAUCUGGAAGAUCUUAGUCAUAAUGGAACUUUUGUUAAUAAAGAAAGAGUUGGAAAUCGUAAACGAGUAGUAUUAGAAAGUAAUGAUGUGAUAUCUCUUGCACAACCUUAUUUUGCAGUAUAUAUAUUCAUGAGUACAACUGCAUUUGAGGGUAAUGAAUUGCCUAUGGAAUUAAAGAGCAAAUAUGCAGUUUCACGUAAACUAGGUUCAGGUGCUGGUGGAGAAGUAAAAAUGGUAUUUACUAAAAAUGGUUGUAAAAAGUUUGCGAUGAAAACUAUAGUCAAAGCAGUGAGUAAUUCAAAUGGAUAUAAGCACGGUUUAAAUGAUCCUGAAAAAAUCAUGAAUGAAGUUAGGAUUUUGAAAGCUUUGAGGCAUCCAUGUGUGAUUCGUAUGGAAGAAAUUGUAGAUACUCCAAGCACUGUAUAUAUUGUUCUUGAAUUAAUGGAAGGUGGAGAACUAUUUGAAAGGAUAACAAGUAGGGGCAGAUUAACAGAAAAUCAUACCAAACUGAUAUUUUAUCAAGUUGUAUUGGCAGUUCAUUACCUUCAUGAAUGUGGUAUCACCCAUAGAGACUUAAAGCCUGAAAAUAUAUUAUUGGCAAGCAAUGCAGAUAUAACUUUAGCUAAAGUAUCGGACUUUGGUUUGUCAAAAUUAGUUGACGCGCAAACCAUGAUGAAAACAUUUUGUGGAACACCAAUGUAUGUAGCACCUGAGAUAUUGUUAACGGGUGGACGUGGUUCAUAUACAAACAAAGUAGAUAUAUGGAGUCUAGGUGUAAUUUUAUAUGCUUGUUUAAGUGGAGCAGUUCCAUUUAACAUUACAUGUAAAGAAGUUACUUUGCAAGAUCAAAUAAAAAGAGGACUUUAUGGGUUUCCAAGUUCUAGAUUUGGACAUGUAUCGGAUAAAGCUAUUGAUUUGAUCAAACGUAUGAUGACAGUAGACCCUAAGAAACGAAUUACCAUCAAGCAGGUGUUAUUACAUCCUUGGCUACAAGAUCGUUUUAUGCGUAAUACUGUACAUUCAUUAAUUAAUUAUGGUAAGGACGAGAACUGCCCUCCUGUAAAUUUACUUACAGAUGAUAGAUAUAAACAUGACACGCAUGCAGGUCUGUUGAAACGACCAAGAAUAGACUUAUAAAUAUUUUG